AAUAAUAGUAUAAAGUUGCACCUUGACUAGAGGUUUUAGCAGAAGAAGAAACAAAGAGAGAGAAGAUGAAGAAUGUUAUGGUGAUUGUUGACGAGAGCAACUCAAGUUAUGAUUUACUCAUUUGGGCUCUUGAAAACCACAAAGAUACCAUUGAGAGCUCCAAAGUUUUUCUCUUUGCAAUACAGCCACAAAAUCCCUUUACUCCUGCUACUGUGCUCUCUUCCUCAGUAGGCUUUGCUCAAAUCUUCUAUCCAUUUUCACCUAAUUCAGAACUCAUAAGAUUGGCUCAUGAAAAGAAUAUGAAAAUUGUUUUGGGUAUAUUAGAGAAAGCCAAGAACAUGUGUUUAAAUCAUGGGAUUAAAGCAGAGACAUUUACAGAUGCUGGCGACGCUAAUGACCUAAUCCCAAAGAUAAUUCAAGAGCGACAGAUUGAUGUAUUAGUUAUGAGCGGUCAACAAACUCAAAAACUCAAAAAGUGUUUAUAUAAUACAGAUUGUUCUCUUGUUGUCGUGAAGAACAGACUUGUCAAAGAAUAAGGAAAUUACGAAACCCCCUAAAUUUAAUAUGAUUUCGUUUGUGAUUGAGAUGAUGUAAUGAUUAUUGUAGUUUGGGUUUGUAGUUGAACUUAUAUUUUAUGGGUAUGUAUAUACAUAUAUAUUUUCUUAUUGGCACCGUUAUAUUCAACUAAAUGGAACCAACCAAGAGGUGAGCAUUUUGUCCCAUGGCAUAGCUUCUCAGCAAGCUCACAUCGAGUCGAAGCUCAAGGAUCCAAGUGGUCACACACACAUGCAUCUACUUUUGUUUGGAUAGGAUCUUCAACCACUUCAUCAUCAUCACACACACGGGUUACGAUUAAUCUGUCAUAUCAAAACAUUAAAAUAUUUAAAAAGUUAUCUUAUUUACAACUUGUUCGAAUUGUUCAACAAAAUCCAAAUAUCGUAUUACAACUUUUCAA